GACGCGCGGAGCCCGGGAAGAAGCUAGUUGAAGAGGGCUCCUGCGUUUAGCGGACACUUCCGGGAGGCGGGCCUCAGUCUGGUUCCCUGUUGCGCGGUCGCGCAGCUCAGCGCAGCGCAGCAUGGGUGGCGCCCGGGCUGCAGGUUGGGUGGCGGCGGGCCUGGCUCUGGGUGCGGGCGCUGGUUUCUGCCUAUAUCGCCUGGCGCGCGGCCCGCGGCGCAGCAAGCGCGGGCUCCGUUCCUCAGAGUCCGCAGAAGAUUUAACUAAUGGCUCAUAUGAUGAUAUCUUAAAUGCUGAACAACUUCAGAAACUCCUUUACCUGCUGGAGUCAACUGAGGAUCCUGUAAUUACUGAAAGAGCCUUGGUCACUCUGGGUAACAGUGCAGCCUUUUCAGGCAACCAAGCUAUUAUUCGUGAGUUGGGUGGUAUUCCAGUUGUUGGAAAUAAAAUCAACAGUCCAAACCACAGUAUUAAAGAGAAAGCUUUAAAUGCUCUAAAUAACCUGAGUGUGAAUGUUGAAAAUCAAGUUAAGAUAAAGGUAUUCGUCCAUCAAGUCUGUGAGGAUGUCAUGUCUGGUCCCCUGGAUUCUGCCGUGCAGCUGGCCGGGUUGAGACUGUUGACAAACAUGACAGUCACCAACGAGCACCAGCACAUGCUGAGUGGUUAUGCCGCAGACCUGUUCCGUGUGUUACUGACUGGAAAUGGCACCACCAAGGUUCAAGUAUUGAAGCUGCUUGUCAAUUUGUCUGAAAAUCCAGCCAUGACAGAAGGACUUCUCACUGCCCAAGUGGACUCAUCAUUCCUUUCCCUUUUUGAUGGCCACACAGCACAAGAGAUUCUCCUUCGAGUACUUACACUAUUUCAGAAUAUAAAUAACUGCCUCCGGCGGGGAGGCCUUUUAGCUAUUCGGCCUCCCCUCCCUACAGGUUCCUUGUUCUCCCUUUUAUAUGGAGAGGAUUGUGUCCAGAAAAUGAAAGCUUUAGUGUAUCAUCAUGAUGUGGAGGUGAGAGAAAAGGUUCUAACAGUAAUACCAGGCUUCUGACUGGCUGUCUUGUUCCAAGAGUAAUGCAGUCUGCAAGGUAGCGCACGGGAACUUACUGUCUUUUUUAUAAAAGCAUUCUCCCAGCUGCUGAUUUUGAACAUAUUUUAACACAGUACAAGUUGAUCAUCUCAACUUGACAUGAUGCUGAAAGAUUUAAUAUUUGAAGCAUUUCGGAUUUGGGGUUUUUUAAUUGAGGGUGUUCAGCCAAUAAAAGUUUAUGCAUAUAUUCCAAAGUCCCAAAAACUACAAAGUAUAAAACAUUGACCCCCAACAUUUCAAAUAAGGGAUACCCAAUGUAUGUAACUUGCUAGAUCUUCCAGUCCAUGUUAUUGAUACUAAACAAAUAUAAGUUUGGACUGAAAUCUGUUCUGCUAUUUGUCGAAAUACCUAUUGCCUUCACAUGAAGUGGCAGUGACCUUUAUAUAUAGAAGACCCCCUUCUCUUGGAAGUGACUUACAGUGAGUGACUCAUCUGAGAUACCAUUUGUAUGGGACUCUCUCACUGUUCAGAAACUGCCAUAAGAACAGUGUUGCCCUUUAGUAGCAGGGAGGUCCCAAGUUAUAUCCGCCUGCAAAGCUAGCCAUACUGGUUUCAGAAGUCUAUUGUAAUCAUCAGAACCAAUUCUCACCAU